UACAUACAAAAUCAGUUGCGUGAUCUAAACAAAGUGUGCUACUUAGCACCACAUCUUUGGGACGGGCAUUGGCAAUUAAUAAUUAUGUGUCCUAAGGACAAUGUAAUAGUUUGCCUUUGUUCAUUACACCAUAAGAUACCUGAAGCAGCGAAGAGUGUUUUUACAAAUGCUUUUAAAGUUCAUCAAUUAGCAACAUUUGGUAAUAGAAAGAAGACUUCAUGGAUUUUUCCCAAAACAAGAGUACAGCCUAACGGCAAUGACUGUGGAUAUUAUGUAAUGAAGAAUAUGAUUGACAUUGUCUCUGCUAGUAUUACAAAGAAUUGGAUGGAGGUGUUCAAUGAUCCCACGGCAUUAACAGAGGAGGAGUUGUAUGAUUUGCGAGACCGCUGGGCAACUUGUUUUCUUCAACUAUAUAAUCCCGAGGUAGAUUAUGAUGAUGCCGACGAGAAAGAUUAGGAGCUAGCUAGGUUUGUGUGAAGUUACAAUGGACUAGUUAUGAUGAUGUUUUAAUUUGUAUUUUGGAUGGAUUAGUAUUAAUUAUUAUGAUGUUUUGUAUUUUGGAUUACAAUGUGGUUGUACUUUAAUGACAUUAUUACUAUA